AUGUUUAAGGCCGCGAAGCAAUGGUCGAGCUGGAAGAUCCGGAUGCCAGCGACGGCGGGGGCGCUGAAUUACCCCCGUCUCCGCCCCUUCGGCCUGGUGGUGGCGACGGAUGCCAAGCACGGCAUCGGGGACGGCCUGGCCAUCCCCUGGGCUGUCCCAGAGGACAUGGCCUUCUUCAAGACCCAAACCAGUAAACUUCGGGGAAAGAAUGCCCUUCCUAGCCUCGCCCCUGGGGGGAAGAUCAACGCGGUCAUUAUGGGGCGGAAGACCUGGCAGAGCAUCCCGGGCAACUUUCUCCCGCUGCAGGAUCGGCUCAAUGUUGUCCUUUCAUCCACCACCUCGCGCGAGGAGCUGCUCAACGCGCUGCCGGAAAAACGCCGUGAGAAGGCGGCCGAGCUGCUCAUGGUGAUUCCGGGCGGGAUGACCGAAGCGCUGGAAAUGCUUGCCCGACCGCCGUACAUCGACCGCGUGGAGUCCGUCUAUUGCAUCGGCGGGGCGAAAGUCUACGCGGAUGCAGUGCAGGCCCCUAACGUGGACUAUUUACACGCCGUCUACGCCACGCGAAUCGCCCUAUCGGACCCGAGCUGUACGCGGUUUUUCGAAUUCCCCACCCCACAGUCCGCGAAGACCUGGGCGCUGGAGUCCACCACGGGGGAUAUGGUCAGCAAGAAUAAGGAUCUGACACACUACGCGAUCGAAAAGUACAUCCCGCAUAACUUUGAGGAGCAGCAGUACCUCCAGAUCAUCGAGCGCAUCCUUCGCGAUGGGGUCGAGAAGGACGACCGCACGGGUGUCGGGACGCUCAGCGUGUUCGGCGCCCAAAUGCGCUUUUCCCUUCGCAAUAAUCAGCUCCCUUUGCUCACCACCAAACGCGUCUUUUGGCGGGGCGUCUCCGAGGAGCUGCUGUGGUUUCUCCGCGGCGAGACAAACGCAAAGCUGCUGAGCGAUAAAGGGGUUCAUAUCUGGGAUGAUAACGGCUCCCGUGCGUUUCUUGAUAGCCGCGGAUUGCACGACAACGAAGAGAUGGAUCUCGGCCCUGUUUACGGCUUUCAAUGGCGGCAUUUCGGCGCGGAGUAUACAAACCACCGGGCGAACUACGACGGGAAGGGUGUAGAUCAAAUCAAAUACAUCGUGGAAACGCUCAAGACGAGACCAAACGACCGGCGGAUGCUCUUCAUCGCGUGGAAUCCGUCCGCACUGCAUAAAAUGGCGCUCCCGCCCUGUCAUCUUCUCGGGCAGUUCUACGUGAACCCGGUGACGAAGGAGCUCUCGUGCAUGCUUUACCAACGCUCCUGCGAUAUGGGGCUUGGCGUGCCCUUUAAUAUCGCUUCUUACGCCCUUUUGACAAUUCUGAUCGCGAAGGCGACUGGGUUAAAGCCCGGAGAGCUCGUACACACCCUUGGGGAUGCGCAUAUCUACAAAAAUCACGUUUCAGCACUGAAGGAGCAACUCAAACGGGCUCCUCGGUCUUUUCCGAUCUUAGUUUUCAACAAAGAUCAUGAGUACUUAGAGGAUUACCAAGUUGAAGAUAUGGAGGUGAUAGAUUACAAUCCGUAUCCGACUAUCAAAAUGGAUAUGGCGGUUUGA